CCGAGGGCGUUGCCGGGUAACGGCACCCGGGGCAGCAUGGCCGCCACCGGGACGCGCUUGGCACGGGAGGCGCUCGGCAACGCGCCGGGGAGGAGGCGGCCUGCCCUCGCUUCCUUCUCCGCCUUCAGCUUCGUCCCGCCCAAACGGGAAGGGCCUCCAGAGCUCAGCUAUUUCGGCCGGCCGCACAAGACAGGAGAUUUUUUCACCUAUGAUGCUGUUUUUAGAAUACCAGAAGGUUACGACCAAUAUCUUCCACGAUGUGACAGAAAACACGCAAAAGGCCGUGGCCUUAAAAUUAAUGAGGAGGAAAUGGCAAGACCUGUUCCUGUGCUGACAUCUUCAGAGUAUGGGAAGCGCAUACAUAAGCCCUUAGACCCAGCAACUGGAGAGCAUGCGAGGGUUUAUAGCGUGUACGCAGCAAUCUAUGGGGAAGGCAGUCGCCCUGCUCAGUGAAAAAACCUUCUCCAGGCCUGGAUCCAUGGGAAAUCUCUUGUAUCUGUCAUCGCCAGUAACAUUUCUCUGGGAAAAAAUCCUAACACUUUGAAAAGCAAUAUGCUGCUUUUGCCUUUUCCUCUACAGUUUAUUUAAUGAGAAUGAUCUGGAUUAAAAAUAGGGUGAAAUAGCA